AUGGCUCCGGGUCUCCUGAAUAUCAGCAACGAGGAUGAUAUUCCUUCAUCCACCCUCGCCGGCUCACGGCUACCCAUCUCCGACAUCAAAAUCGUGGGCUUCGAGACAUACGAUCUCCGCUUCCCAACCAGCCUCGACGCCUCCGGCUCCGACGCCAUGAACCCCUCGGGCGACUACAGCGCCGCCCACGUCCGCCUGACCACCAACACCGACCUGACCGGCCACGGCAUCUCCUUCACCAUCGGCCGCGGCAACGACCUCUGCACCGCUGCCGCCCGCGCCAUCGCCGAGCGCCUCGUCGGCAAGACCCUGGGGGAACUGACCGCGGACAUGGGGCGCACGUGGCGGUACCUGGUCUCCGACUCGCAGAUGCGCUGGGUCGGCCCCGAGAAGGGGGUCGUGCACCUGGGCCUGAGCGCGUGCGUGAAUGCGCUUUGGGAUCUGUGGGCGAGGUAUCUGGGGAAGCCGCUGUGGAAGUUGGUGUGCGAUCUGACGCCGGAGGAGUUUGUGGCGUGUAUUGAUUUCCGGUAUAUCGUCGAUGCGAUCACGCCUGAGGAGGCAGUGGCGCUGCUGAGGGGACUGGAGAAGACGAAGGCGGCGCGGGUGAGGGAUGCGCGGAGCAAUCGGGCGGUUCCGGCGUAUACCACGCAGGCGGGGUGGUUGGGGUUCUCGGACGAGAAGAUGGUUGAGCUUAUCAGGUCGAACCUUGCGGUGGGGAUGGAUAAGUUCAAGCUAAAGGUUGGGGGCGAUAUCAAAGAUGACAGGCGCCGACUGAAGAUUGCCCGCGACACGAUCGGGCAUGAUCGGAUGCUCAUGGUUGACGCAAACCAGGUCUGGAGCGUGCCAGAUGCCAUCGAAAACAUGAAAAAGCUGGUCGAGUUCAAACCUGUGUUUAUCGAGGAGCCCACUUCGCCCGAUGACAUCCUCGGCCAUGCUGCCAUCCGGAAAGCUCUGAAGCCAUAUGGUGUUGGAGUUGCUACCGGCGAGCAUUGCCAAAACCGCGUCAUAUUCAAGCAGUUGCUCCAAGCCGACGCCAUCGACUACUGCCAAAUCGAUGCCUGCAGACUAGGCGGGGUGAAUGAAGUCCUGGCAGUGCUGCUUAUGGCCAAGAAGUUCAACGUGCCCAUCGUUCCGCACAGCGGGGGCAUCGGUCUUAACGAAUACACCCAACAUCUCGCCCUCUUGAACUACAUCUGUGUCUCAGGAGAGAAGAGUCUCUUGGAGCACAUCAACUCAUUCAGUGAGGUCUUGAAGCACCCAGUACAGACAAAGGACGGAUACUUCGUUACCCCGUGGGAGGCUGGCUACAGCGUCGAAUACAAGCCCGAGGCAAUUGCGGCAUACGAAUAUCCAUCAGGAAGUUUCUGGACCAGUGAGAAGGGUCUAGGUAUAAUAAACGGGCCGAAGGCAUGA